AUGCAUUCGAUAAACGAAAUUUACGUACGAAACCCAAGCUCUUUACGUUGUAAAGGCCGGGUGCCAGCAAAGCUUAAAACAAGCCCGUUACCGGUUUUACCCUCCUGCAAGCCCGUUACCGGUCUUACCCUCCUGCAAGCCUCCUUUGUUGGCGUUGACUGGGGGAUCUGGCUCGAGCAGAAAGGACAGCCGAUUUCAUUUUGGCACGGCGCUCCUCUGUGGCCAAAGGAGUCGAACAAGCAGAUUAUCAACUUUGUUGUUGAAAUCCCGAUAUGGCAGGAUGCCAAAAUAAUAAUUAAGCGGACCGAGCCCUUGACGUGGCAGGACGUCCAAAAAUACCGCCUCGGCACUGCGCAGGCGUUUAGAGAUUGGUUUACGUACUACAAAGUAGCUCGCGGGGGCAGCGUGAUCCCCAUCAUUGGCGAAUCCUACCAAAACGUGACAAUGAUGCAGGACGUGCUCGAAAAGAGCCACAAGUCUACAACCAAUGGUACUACCUCGACGACAAGUUGGAGCUGAUCAAGAUGCCGGGAGGGGUCUAAGGGGGCUUUGGGAGGGAGCUGCCGGAUUGGGAGACCUACGAAAACGGGAGAGGCUGCUCCAGGUUGAGGGUCCGUAAUCAAGCCGAGGACCAUGACGUGGAUGGGCGGGGUAGGGUGUGAGUGGUAGUGACGAAUUAGGCAGGUCCG